CCAAUUAUUACCAUUUUUCUUCAUUUUUCACGUUUGAACUCGGUCCGCUUUCUUGGAAAGUCUUUAUCUUUCCUACACUUUUGCUUCUAAUUCUAUAAAUACCCUUUGCCUCUUACACCCUCUUUUCUCUCUCUCUCUCUCCAUAUACUCUUCACUCUUAAUCUUAUUCUGCUUCCUCUUUCUCUUCAUAUCUGGUGGCUACUUCCGCUUCUGGAUUUUUCAGCAAAGAAUAUUGAUAUCUCAUACAUAUCUUACAGAUUUUCACAAUAUAAACUCGAAGAAAAUGGAAGUUAUAGGUGGCUGAAUGUUGCCAAGUUCUAUGGCCUACACUGAUCUUUGGGCAAUGUGUAAGGGAGGAUACAAGUUUAGCAGCCAAAGAAACAAUUCGCUGACGAAGAUAAAUCAGAGCAAUCACAGUAGUAGCAGAACUUGUGUUAUGGAAUUUGAAUCAGACUGGACAAAGCACAGAAAAUCAUCCGCUUACACCGCUCACGUGAUUCGUUCUGCAACAUCUAUCUUGCCUUGGUCUUGUAGAGUCCCAAUUGGUGAAGGGUAUCAUGAAUUCCUUUAAUUAUAUAAUUCACAUUAAGACCUUUGUUCAUCGUUCGGUUGAUUGGUCACGGAAAAAUUCUCUACAUCUUGGAGAUAUAUGGUAAGUGUAUUUGCUGAUUUGGAAAAGAUGCCUGGUUUUGUUGCUGGAAAGAAGAGAUCUAUAGGCCGAAACAUGUGUUUCACCAAUUUGGCCAAUCAAGACAAGUUAACUUGUUUGCAAACCAAUCAUUUCUUUGCCUCUGAGGUACCGGAAAACGAUGAUAGCCCCAUUCUACCUGGUCUGCCUGAUGAUGUGGCAAAACAUUGCCUUGCACUUGUGCCUCGUUCUAACGUCCCAACUAUUGGUGGUGUCUGUAAGAGAUGGAGAUCAUUUAUUCAAAGCAAAGAGUUCAUUACUGUGCGAAAAUUGGCAGGGAUGGUUGAGGAAUGGCUCUAUUUCUUAACAAUGGAUACUGAAGGAGAGGGAACUCAUUGGGAGGUUAUGGAUCGUCCCAGUCAUAAAUGCCAAGCUCUUCCACCGAUGCCUGGUCCGGUAAAGGCUGGAUUUGGAGUGGUGGUUCUUAAUGGAAAGCUUCUUGUUAUUGCUGGAUAUUCAACUAAAGAUAGAAGUACCUUUGCCUCAGCAGAGGUUUACCAAUAUGACUCGCUCCUCAACAAUUGGAGCAGACUAUCAAAAAUGAAUGUGGCUCGUUAUGACUUUGCAUGUGCCGAAGUCAAUGGCUUGGUUUAUGCUGUAGGAGGCUAUGGAUUGGACGGUGAAAUUCUCUCUAGUGCUGAGGUGUACGACCCUGACACCGACAAAUGGACACUGAUAGAGAGUGUCCGGCGCCCAAGAUGGGGUUGCUUUGCCUGUUCAUUGGAUGGUAAGCUCUAUGUCAUGGGUGGAAGGUCGAGCUUUACAAUUGGAAACUCCAAGUUUGUUGAUGUUUAUGACCCCGAAGUCCACAGCUGGGGUGAGUUCAAAAACGGCUGUGUUAUGGUCACAGCGCACGCAGUAUUGGGAAAGAAAUUGUUCUGUAUGGAGUGGAAGAACCAGAGGAAGCUAGCAAUAUUCUGUUCUGAAGACAAUUCGUGGAAAAUGGUGCCACUUCCACUCACUGGUAGCUCCAGUGUUGAUUUUAGAUUUGGGAUAUUUGAUGAAAAGCUGUUGCUAUUCUCACUGGAAGCAGGACCCUCUUAUCAAACUUUGUUGUAUGAUCCAAAUGCAGCUAAAGGGUCAGAGUGGCAAAUUUCUGAUAUAAAACCAUCUGGUGUGUUCUUGUGCAGUGUAACAAUCAAGGCAUGAAUAUGAAAUACUAACGAGGAUCUGAACUUUGGAGAGUGGAGUGGAAGUGGAAGACUUCAUUGGCUUUUAAGUUUUAUACAUUUUAAUAAAGUUUAGGAAAGUAGUUUGUGUGUUUCAUUUUAUAUUUUCCAUUUCUUCCACGUGUUUUGAUUAUGUACUUCUGGAUGUGUCUUUUAUUUAUUUGGAUUACGGUAUCCUUUAAGUCUUAUUUGUGGCAUAAUAUGGUGUAUUAAGUCCCAGUAUGGGAACUCGAGUUACUUUGGUACAAUUAACUUAUUGAAUUUGAGGCUUGAGCAGCACUUUUUCAAA